ACCAACCACCAUACAGCACCACAGCGCAGAGCAGAGGGGGAAGCAGACCAAAACGUUUGACAGAUCGUCAUAAAGUUCUGGGGGCGACAGAACCACCACUUUAUAGGAUGCCUCUUGUAGAGGACGGCACUGGGUGGAAGAAGAAGACGACAGACAUCAAAGAACAUUAUGAUUUUAAGGAAGUGCUGGGGACGGGGGCGUUCUCCGAGGUGGUGCUGGCCGAGGAGAAGGGGACCCAGCGGCUGGUGGCCAUCAAGUGCAUCCCCAAGAAGGCGCUGGAGGGCAAGGAGAACAACAUCGAGAACGAGAUCGCCGUGCUGCACCGAAUCCAGCACACCAAUAUUGUGUCCCUGGAAGACAUCUACGAAAGCACCUCCCACCUUUAUCUCGUCAUGCAGCUUGUUUCAGGAGGCGAGCUGUUUGACCGGAUCGUGGAGAAGGGCUUCUACACGGAGAGAGACGCCAGCCAGCUCAUCCACCAGAUCUUGGACGCAGUCAAAUACUUGCAUGAUAUGGGGAUAGUCCACCGAGAUCUGAAGCCGGAGAACCUGCUGUAUUACAGCAUGGAUGAAGACUCCAAAAUCAUGAUCAGUGACUUUGGCCUGUCCAAGAUAGAGGGUUCUGGCAGUGUGAUGUCCACAGCAUGCGGUACUCCUGGAUAUGUAGCACCAGAGGUUCUGGCUCAGAAGCCCUACAGCAAAGCAGUGGAUUGCUGGUCUAUAGGAGUGAUCUCUUAUAUUCUACUAUGUGGAUAUCCUCCGUUUUAUGAUGAGAACGAUGCAAAGCUGUUUGAGCAGAUCCUCAAAGCGGAGUACGAGUUUGACUCUCCUUACUGGGAUGACAUCUCAGAUUCAGCCAAAGACUUUAUUUGUCACCUGAUGGAGAAAGAGCCUUCGAAGAGAUAUACGUGUGAGCUGGCCCUUCAACACCCUUGGAUCUGUGGGGACACCGCGCUGGACAAGAACAUCCACGAGUCCGUCAGCGCUCAGAUCAAAAAGAACUUUGCUAAAAGCAAGUGGAAGCAAGCCUUCAAUGCCACGGCGGUGGUAAGGCACAUGCGGCGGCUGCAGCUGACCACCAACGUGGACGGGCCCAGUCAGACCACGCCCACCAGCCCCUGCCACGCCCUCAUGCUGCCCCAGGAGGAGGAGGAUGAAGAGGAAGAUGUAGUCCACGCAGAGCAAGAGAGUUUGUCCCACUACGAGGACGGUCGCCGUGGUAGCGCGGAUGGCAGCGUGGACCGGGACAGUCUGAGAAGCUGUACCUACUGCUGCCGGCCGGCCAGCCGCGUCUGA